ACGUAUGACGUGCGGUGACUUGAUGGUGGUCAGAUUCCCAAACAAGUAACGGAACCGGGCAGUGCCGGCUGGCUGCCAGAAAGUUGUUUUGUCCAACAGAUAACGACUAAAUGUCAAGAUUGGAAAAUAGCUCACAGGUGUAGGGUCUCGGGAGGAAAAGAUUAGCCCUGGACUUGAAUUGUAAACUUCAUUUCACUGUGCGUCAUGAUUUCCAAACGCAGGCCGCCUCCAAGUGACAGAGGAAAAGUUUUUCGCAGUUGAGACCAGUUGAAUGGAGACGGGAUAACGCUUUAAAUGAAGACAUGAAUUUCGGUGUCCCCGCCAACUCGCUGCUGCUUUUACGUGCCUGCGAUGAGGGGGACUAUGAGACAGCCCGGGGCAUCCUGGAGCCCGGAGCCCCGAAGGAGUCCGGGCGGCAGAGCAGGCUGCGGUCAGAAGCUGGCUCGGAGUGCAACGCCGCGGCGGCGGCGGACAUGUUGUCUCUGGUACCGGUGGACUGCACGGACGAGGAGGGGAACACCGCCCUGCAGUUCGCCUCGGCCAGCGGCCACGAGAACCUGGUCCGGUUCUUGCUACGAAAGGGGGCUUCGGUGGACAGCCGCAACAACUACGGCUGGACCCCGCUGAUGCAGGCUGCUAGGUUUGGUCACCUGACAGUUGCCCACAUCCUCCUUGAGAACGGGGCUGAGAUCAACGGACGCAACAGGCUGGGUGCCAGCGUCCUCACCAUGGCGGCCCGCGGGGGACACACCCACGUGGUCAAACUGCUUCUGGAGAGCGGGGCCUACGUCGACGACCACGAUCACCUGGCUGUGGCUGCGGAGGCAGUCUCCAACGGCAACAACAACAACAGCUGCAGCGGAGCUGGUUUUGCCCCCGGCGAAGGCUGCCCGGGAGGAGGCGGUGGCGGAGAAUUCAUGGACAUCACCGCUCUGAUGGUGGCGUCGCAGCACGGCCACGAGGCCACCGUGCUUCUGCUGCUGGAGUGGGGCUCUGAUAUCAACUUUUCCCAGAAGACCACGGGCUGGGGGCCGCUGAUGGUGGCCACCCUCAGUGGGAAGGUGGCUGUGGCCCAGCAGCUGGUGGAGCGUGGAGCCGACCCAGACCGAGUCAACGUUCUGUCCAAGACGGCGUUUGAAUUAGCCAUGCAGCUGAAACAGAGAGACAUCAAGGCCUACCUGGACUCCAUCACCACUGUCCGGCCACAGACAGACGAUGAGCGAAGGAGGCCGGACGUGUUCAGUGCUCUCAAACUGGGGAAUUCACAGCUGGUCAAAGAGAUCCUGGAGGAGGAUCCCGCUCAGGUGAAUUCAUCCAAUCAGGACGGAGCAUCUCCUCUGAUGAUGGCAGCGGUGAGCGGUCAGUUGGAAGUGGUGCAGCUGAUGGUGGACAAGAACGCCGACAUAGACAAACAGGAUGCUGUGCACGGGUGGACCGCUUUAAUGCAGGCCACUUAUCACGGCAAUAAAGACAUUGUCAAGUACCUGCUGAAUCAAGGGGCUGAUGUCAACCUUCGAGCUAAGAAUGGAUACACUGCCUUUGAUUUGGUCAUGCUGCUCAACGACCCAGAUACGGAGCUCGUCCGUCUGUUGGCCUCGGUGUGCAUGCAGGUCGUCAAAGACAAGUCGAAGCACCGUGGCAGAACAUUAAUGACUCGCUCCAAGAGUCGACAGUCCCUCAACAAUGUCCCUGUCCCACCACCUGAUGACAAGGGAGGCCUGAAGUCCUGGUGGAGUCGGAUGUCGAAUCGCUUCCGGCGGCUCAAGCUGACUCACACCCUGAGGCACGGCCUGUCGUCCAAUCGCCUGGCUCCGUUUCCCGACGACGCUGAAACUCCGCUGGACGCCACGAUGAAGGCCAAUUUGAAGACUGCUGCUGUGUCUAAUGGGGCGGUGGCACCGACUCCUGCCCUGGGAGGAAAUGACACCACCUGGGCAGUCAAGACCAAAGACGCCGGUCACUGCAGAGCGUCCUCGGAAAAGGAGGACUUCCUAAAAAACACAAUGCUGAGAAGCGGUGCACCGCUAACCCGGCUGCCAAACGACAAGCUCAAAGCAGUGAUUCCUCCCUUCUUGCCUCCGUCAAACUUUGAGCCGUGGAACUCGGAUCGCUCUCGCCUCCUGAGAGAGGGCAGCAGUGAAGUGCCCCGUCUGCCCAUGCCACCACAAAGGAAGCUAAACAGCAGCGGAAACUCAGACAUCACGUCCAUUAGCCGCGUGGUUAGCAGGUCCAUUAAGUUUCCCAGUAUCCCAAAGGGACCCUCUUCGUCUUCUCCUUCCAACUCCGGUCACUACCACUCCCCCCACUCCUCGGGAGGCUCGAAUGGAGUGGCAGGGCUCAACCGGGAUUCUCACAACCGCUCAGGGGGCAGUGCAGACAGCGUUCUGUCCCAAAUAGCAGCUCAGAGGAAAAGAGCAGCAGGCCUGAUAGAGGUGAAAGCACAAGCUCCAGAGAAGCAGCACAGCCAACCUCAGAGUCCGCCCCCGCUGCCAGCCUCAACCCCCGGCCUUCCACCGCCUGAUAUCAACCUCCCUGACAUCCACCCCCACCCCAGCCUGGUCGCCUCUGACAUCCACUCUAGAAGGAAGAUGGAGCUGAAAAAGAGACCUCAGUCAGGGAAUUCCUCCACCUCCAAGAGUACAUCGCCCACGCUGACCCCCUCUCCUUCCCCAACGCCCAAGAUUCCCACCGGCCCCGGGGACUCUCUGUCCUCAGCCUCCUCUCAUCCACGCUCCAAGAGCAGCGGGGGCUCCAGCAGCGGAACCAUCACUGAUGAAGAUGAGCUGUCCAGUAUUUUGAAGAAACUGUCCCUUGAGAAGUACCAGCCUAUAUUUGAAGAGCAAGAGGUAGACAUGGAGGCAUUCCUGACUCUAACAGACGGAGACCUGAAGGAACUGGGCAUUAAAACGGACGGACCCAGACAACAGAUCUUAGCUGCAAUAUCAGAGCUAAAUGCUGGAAAGGGCAGAGAGAGGCAGAUACUUCAAGAGACCAUCCAUAACUUCCAGUCUUCCUUUGGCAGCAGCGCCAGUAACCCACGGCAACCGGGGCAACCACGCUCGCCAACGACUUGGAUGAGACACCAGGUCCGUUCUUCCAGUAAGAGGUAGCCGUGAUGCCCGCGAGGAAGUUCAGCGAAGGUACUUAAAGAAAGAGUAAAAUGCCAGUGAGCCCAUGCCAAGGCGUGAAUAAUGGGAAGUCUUCUGGAUGCCAGCGUCCCAGACCACAAGAGGUUGUAACGUGAGAGGACGCUGCAGCAAAACUACCCACCAGACCCUGAUCAACUGCCUUUAGAGGACCCUACUGGAACAAUCCGCCUUAAAAUAUUCUUCUUAUGGAUCCUAAAGCAGGGGAGAUGUUACAGGGAUCUCCGAGUUCAGCGUUUGCUGCUUUUAACGGAGCACACAAUGUGCGGUAAAUGAUAUCUGUUGUCAUAAUAAUGCAGCUGGUGGUUUAAACAGAGCUGGAAGAACAUCAGAUACUCAUCAGAGAGAGGGAGGGAGGGAGGCUAAACCAUGAGAGGUUUUUAUUCUAUCUCAAUGAAUGUGAGAUGCAGCAAAUGUAUUGUAAAUGUGGUGAGUUGAGCGAAGGGAAAAGAAGAAGUAGAGAGACUGUGAUUGAGACGUGAGGGCGGACGCUAUGACUAAGAACGUGCACUGAUGAGAAGAGACAAUGGAGGAAAAGGGACAUUAGCCAGACUAUUUCUAUUUAGUCCUCCAGGUUAAUGGACUGCUUUUACUAGUGUGUUUAUACCUUGGAUUCCCAAACCACUAUGUACACAUGAUUUUAGUCAAGACUGUGCUGUCAUGAAUAAAUAAAGAUGACGAUGAUGUAAUAAACA